CAUAAGAACCAGUGGUUCAAGGUUCUCCUCUCUGGAAUGGACAUCAAUUGCUUGGGCUACAGGUCUAGCCUUGGCUGCUCCAAUUCUUGGUUUCAUUUCCUUCCACCUUGAUGGCAACUUUCCAAAACUCAUCACAGCAGCAGCUACAGGAGUUGGAGUAUUGUUCUGCCUCCCUGCAGGGUUCUUCAAAGUCACAGGCAUCUUCAUUCCCUACAUUGCUGGCAUUGUUGCAGCUAUCACAGUUGCAAGUGCUGCACACACCCAACAUCUUGGUCUUAUGAUACGUGGCUUCACUGGACCAACCCUCAAGAGAAGCGAAUUUUCCUUAAGGCAAGGGUUCUCCAGCAGGCUCUCCCUUCAUGCCACAGCUGGUGGUUGCUUAGGUGCAGCAUUAAUUUCAGCCUUCACUUACCAUAUGCUUCGUGAACUCAAUGAUAAUGAACGUGAUAUUAUGAGCCUAUGGGUUGUCUCAAUCUUCAGUGGCUUAAUAUGGCUUGUGGGGGUAUUGCAUCUUGUUACAGCUUCAAACAGAACCACUGAUUCCAUCUCAUUUUCUUCAAGGCUCCACCCUUUUUCUAUCUUCAAAUACCCUCAUGCAAUUGGAGGCCUUGCUGGGGUUUUCCUUUCUUCAUUCACCACAAUGUCUAUUUUCACAGGGGGAGUGAUUUUCAUAGUUGGCCAGCUUUGCAUUAAGCCAGUGGACUUGCUUUAUUUCUGGUUAACAUAUUUCCUUUUCCCUCUUGUUUCUCUGUCACUACUACAACCCAUGCUAAACCUGAUUAAGAUGAACUCUGUGAAAAUGCAAAUUGUUGGGUUUCUGUUAUCACUUUUAACAUCUGGUUUUGGGUUCUACUAUGGACACAGUCACUGGAAAUGGGGUCACUUAGUGGUGCUUGGUUGUAUUCAGAGCACAGCAACGGGGAUUUUGCAUGCUUUUGGAAGGGUGUUGGUGUUGGAUUGUGCUCCAUCUGGGAAAGAAGGUGCAUUCUCUAUAUGGUAUGCAUGGAUGAGAUCUGCAGGGUUGUGCGUGGGAUUCACGGUGGGUUCAGUUGCACCAGGACGCAUUCGAUCUUCAUUUGGAGCUGCGUUUUGCACUGCCAUUGCUGGGAUUGUUGUGCUGCUCUUCGGAAAUAUCAGUGAUUUUGGUGGUGCUGUUGCUGCUGGGCACGUCAGAGAGGAUAAUAAUGAGAGAAGCUCAACUGUCCCUGUCUUAGAUUCAAAAGAAUCUAGCCGCGUUUGA